AUGUUCUGUGGGGACUAUGUGCAAGGGACCAUCUUCCCGACUCCUAAUUUUAACCCCGUAAUGGACGCCCAAAUGCUGGGAGGAGCACUCCAAGGAUUUGGCUGUGACAAAGACCUGCUGAUCGACAUCCUGACUCAACGCUGCAACGCCCAGAGGCUCAUGAUUGCCGAGGCCUACCAGAGCAUGUACGGCCGGGACCUGAUUGGGCUGCUGAAAGAGCAGCUCUCAGACCACUUCAAGGAUGUCAUGGUUGGCCUCAUGUACCCUCCACCAUCCUACGAUGCUCAUGAACUCUGGCAUGCCAUGAAGGGAGUAGGUACUGAUGAGAAUUGCCUCAUUGACAUAUUAGCUUCGAGAACAAAUGGAGAGAUUUUCCAGAUGCGCGAGGCCUACUCUUUGCAAUACAACAACAACCUCCAAGAGGACAUUUAUGCAGAGACCUCGGGACACUUCCGAGACACCCUCAUGAACCUGAUCCAGGGAACCAGAGAGGAGGGUUACGCGGACCCUGCUAUGGCUGCCCAAGACGCAAUGGUGCUGUGGGAGGCGUGCCAGCAGAAGACCGGGGCACAUAAAACCAUGCUGCAAAUGAUCCUGUGCAACAAGAGCUACCAGCAGCUGUGGCUGGUUUUCCAGGAAUUUCAAAAUGUCUCUGGGCAAGAUAUAGUGGAUGCUAUCAAUGAUUGCUACGAUGGAUACUUUCAGCAGCUGCUGGUUGCAAUUGUACUCUGCGUUCGAGACAAACCAGGCUAUUUUGCUUAUAGACUGCACAGCGCCAUCCAUGACUUUGGUUUCCAUAAUAAAACUGUCAUCAGAAUCCUGAUUGCUAGAAGUGAAAUAGACUUGAUGACCAUCAGAAAACGAUAUAAAGAAAGAUACGGGAAAUCCCUGUUUCACGAUAUCAGGCACUUUGCUUCGGGGCACUAUGAGAAGGCGUUGCUGGCCAUCUGUGCGGGGGACGUGGAGGACUGUUAA